AUGGACCUGAAGAUCGCAGUGCUGGGUCCCUGCAAAAGCGGCAAGACGCUGAUGUGCAUGGCGCUGGCUAAUCAGACGAUUGUGCCAUGCGACUACGAGCCAACAGUCGCUCUUAGAAUCCAGGAGCUCACUGUGAACGUGGGGCCAGAGGGCGAGCUGGUGCGUGUCGCAUUGUGGGACGUGCCUGGCGGCACGCAGAACAAGCAUCGGUGGCAGGCGCUGGCGCAGGGUGUUGACGGGGUGCUGCUGGUGAUUGACCCGCAGCAGGUGGACGUGGGGGAGCGUGAGCUCGAGGCGUUCUACCUGGCGUUUGCGCAGCCGGCGGCGCUGACCACGCGGCAAUGCAUGGUGCUGGCGGUCGACGCAGGCGGCGCGGCGGCGGUCGGCGGCAACGCAGCGUGGUCAGGCCUGCGCGGCAAGCUCGGGCGCCUGCAGUCAGGCUUUGUCAGCAUCAAUGCGGCCACGCCCGAGUCAGGGGCGCAGGAGGCGAGGCGGCACCUGGACAAGCUGCUGGCAGGCUGCCUGGCCAGGAAGAAGGACCAGGCCGAGCGAGCCAUGCUGGGGGAGGGCGGGGCGCGGUGUUGA